CGGCGGCCGAGCGGGGUCAGUUCUCUGUAGUGCUUGCCAAUGUUGGAGCCGUCUGCAAAGUGUCCUUGGCAAGAAGUUUUUGGAGCCGUGAGGGAUACAGCAGUUUGGUCAAUAUUGUUUUAACAUGCUUCAAAUAAAUCAGCUUCUCUCCAAGAUAAAAUGGCAAAUCCCAAAGAGAAAACUCCAAUGUGUCUGGUAAAUGAGUUAGCCCGUUUCAAUAGAGUCCAACCCCAGUAUAAACUUCUGAAAGAAAGAGGGCCUGCUCAUUCGAAGAUGUUCUCAGUGCAACUGAGUCUUGGUGAGCAAACAUGGGAAUCCGAAGGGAGCAGUAUAAAGAAGGCCCAACAAGCCGUUGCUAAUAAAGCUUUGACUGAAUCUACGCUUCCCAAACCAGUUCAGAAACCACCGAAAAGUAAUGUGAAUAAUAACCCAGGUAGUAUAACUCCAACUGUGGAACUGAAUGGGCUUGCUAUGAAAAGGGGAGAGCCUGCCAUCUACAGGCCAUUAGAUCCAAAGCCUUUCCCAAAUUAUAGAGCUAAUUACAACUUUCGGGGCAUGUACAAUCAGAGGUAUCAUUGCCCAAUGCCCAAGAUCUUUUAUGUUCAGCUGACUGUAGGAAAUAAUGAAUUUUUUGGGGAAGGAAAGACUCGACAAGCUGCUAGACACAAUGCUGCAAUGAAAGCCCUUCAAGCACUACAGAAUGAACCUAUUCCAGAAAAAUCACCUCAGAAUGGCGAAUCAGGAAAAGAAAUGGAUGAUGACAAAGAUGCGAAUAAAUCUGAGAUCAGCUUAGUGUUUGAAAUUGCUCUGAAGCGAAAUAUGCCCGUCAGUUUUUGAGGUAUGUGCUCAGUUAUUAAAGAAAGUGGACCACCACAUAUGAAAAGCUUUGUUACUCGGGUGUCAGUGGGAGAGUUCUCUGCAGAAGGAGAGGGAAAUAGCAAAAAACUCUCCAAGAAGCGUGCUGCCACCACUGUCCUACAGGAGCUUAAGAAACUUCCACCUCUUCCUGUGGUUGAAAAGCCAAAAUUAUUUUUUAAAAAACGCCCUAAAACAAUAGUAAAGGCUGGACCAGAGUAUGGUCAAGGAAUGAACCCCAUUAGCCGCCUGGCUCAAAUUCAACAGGCCAAAAAGGAAAAAGAGCCAGAUUAUGUUCUGCUUUCAGAAAGAGGAAUGCCUCGACGUCGGGAAUUUGUGAUGCAGGUCAAAGUAGGCAAUGAAGUUGCUACUGGAACAGGACCUAACAAAAAGAUAGCCAAAAAAAAUGCUGCAGAAGCAAUGCUGUUACAGCUUGGUUAUAAAGCAUCCACUAGUCUUCAAGAUCAACUUGACAAGACAGGGGAAAACAAAGGAUGGAGUGGUCCAAAGGCUGGGUUUCCUGAACCAACAAAUAACACUCCAAAAGGAAUUCUUCAUUUGUCUCCUGAUGUUUAUCAAGAGAUGGAAGCCAGCCGCCACAAAGUAAUCUCUGGCACUACUCUAGGCUAUUUGUCACCCAAAGAUAUGAACCAACCCUCAAGCUCUUUCUUCAGUAUAUCUCCCACAUCGAAUAGUUCAGCCACAAUUGCCAGGGAACUCCUAAUGAAUGGAACAUCUCCUACAGCUGAAGCCAUAGGUUUAAAAGGAAGUUCUCCUACUCCCCCUUGUUCUCCAGUACAACCUUCAAAACAACUGGAAUAUUUAGCAAGGAUUCAAGGCUUCCAGGUUCACUACUGUGAUAGACAAAGUGGCAAAGAGUGUGUGACCUGUCUGACAUUAGCCCCUGUGCAGAUGACUUUCCAUGCUAUUGGAAGCUCCAUUGAAGCCAGCCAUGACCAGGCAGCUUUAAGUGCCUUGAAACAAUUUUCUGAACAAGGACUGGAUCCAAUGGAAGGGGCAAUGAAUAUUGAAAAAGGUUCUCUUGAAAAACAAGCCCAGCAUCUGGGAGAGAAAGCGGACAAUAACCAGACACACCCGGGCUCCAUCGCUCAGGACUGCAAGAAAUCAAAGUCGCUCAUCUAGCAGCUCCCAGAACCGCGGCUGCCACCGCAUCCUUAUAAACCUGUCAGCACGCAUGAGGGUGUCUGUGUUCAAGGAAAUGAAUGACUAAUACCAUUAUUUGAGUCUUACGUGAAGACAACACUAUUCUAACACAAGAGAUAAUAUACAUAGUACUGUUUACUCAACUGGGGAAAAAUAAAACUUUGAGCGUUUCCCUUGGAACUUGAGAUCAGAUUAUAACUCAUUGGCCCAGAGGCAGCAGAAAUCUGAUCCUGCUACUGGAGCUUAAAAUAACAGUUAGUGAGAAGUGUUAGAAACAGAGGUAAAAAUUUUAAAUGAUUAAUAGAGAAAUUGGGUUUGGUUCUGUUAUUAUGAUUGUUCUGUCGUGGCGCUUGUGUUCAGUUCUUCUCUCUCUCUCUCUCUCUCUCUCUCUCUCGUUUUAAAUAAUGCUUGAUGAUUCAAAGAUUAACCAAUGACGUGCUGUGAAAUGUUGAUGGUUGUUGUCUUCAUAUAGAGUCACGAGGUUUCUCUUUUUAUGCCGAUAUUUGUAAUCUUCAUCCUGUAUCAAUAUGAGUAACUUUAAGGCGCACGCCUCGAAGAUGUAUGCAAACAAGCAAGGUUUAAAUCAGGUCAGAUAUUUUAUUUAAAAUAUGAAAUAACGUUAGGAACAACUAGCUUCAAUGUACUCCAGGAAUCGAGCAAAACCAGCCAGCUGUGGGUUUUGAGCUCCAUAAUACUAGUAGCCACUAAGGAGGCGUCUUGCCUCCACAAACCAUUUCUCUGGAUUCCACGUUCUGCCGUGGAAAUCGCACCCAGCCUCAUCCGUGUGUCGUAGCCACUCACUGUUUUGCAUCGAGCGUGUUCUUAGUAGCUGCCUCUGGACUUGGGACGGUGAGGAGGAUCAAAGAAAUCACGUACAAGGCGGGCAAGGGAAGGCCCCGCGGAGCAGCCGUAAGCGUCUUGCCGGCUUGUAGCCAGCCACGCUCGGGACCAGCAUGGUGGAAUCCGGCGUGUCGCGAAUGCAGUAAAAAUGUGGUCGGUUUCUGUGUGAA